UUUUAUGGCGCGUGAUUACAAUAACAAUCACAAAUAUGGCAAAUUAUGGUACGAAAAGGAAGGGAAACGGUGAUAGUGUUUAUAAUUCUACAUUUAAUUGUAAAAAGAAACAACUUUCAGCCUCCUUGAUGAACCAGGAGGAUCUAGAUGCAAUGGGAAUUUUCUACGACACAGAAGUCACAGCGAUGACCGAUUUAUUGAAAAUGCUUAAAAUAUAGGAAAAGUAGAACGUCAUUCCCAGAGGUUGCCAAAUAUUUUAUUGACCUUACAGAUGAACACUUGAAAUUUUCUCUUGAUUUAGACAAUAUUCCUAGUAUAGAUGAGGAAUCUGCACCAGCUAUUGAGGAAAGAGAGCUGGUAGAGUACCUUGUGGAAGAUUCAAGGAACCUAGAAAAGGUUCGUUUGAAUGAAAUGAAGAAAUGGGAUUUUGAGAAAGAUGCUCUAAAACUUGUACUUUUUUCUGAAUGGAUAUCUUCAGCAAAGAAAUUCAUUGAACUUACACAACAUAUGAUUACACAGUCGAUUUUGAGCAGAAUGGAGAACCAUGACCCAUCCACAUCAAAGGAAGUUGCCAAUGAACAUGAUGAAGAUGUAGGAGAAAACAUAUUUAGUGAUAUAUUUGCAAGAUUUACAGAAAUAUUUUUCCUACUUCCAGUUACUGGUAGAAGAACUUCAAUUUUGAUGGAUGACAAGAUAGUUGGAAGUAUGCAUAACACUCGUUAUUAUGAGUAUAUUCCCAGAGGUGCUCCAAAUCCAGUCCUAUUAAUGUUUUGUGAGAUGAAGAGUAUUCCAGUUCAGAAAUCUGAAGAUACAGCAACUGAAACUUGGAUAAGUAGAAAACUGCCAAAGACAGUGUUGGAACAAGUAGGGGUGGAGCUUGUUGCUGAAUGCUUUCGCUCUGCAUUUCUACCAAAUGUUCUUGGAGUUAUUUGUAUGAGAACUGAGGUCAUAUUUGUUUACCUAACCAUAGCAUCUGAUCAUGUGAAGACAAUUAGGAAUAAUGAAGAAAUUGGAAAUCGAAAAGCUUGUAUCCAUUACACAGAAGCAUUUGAUAUAAUGAAAAAUGAAGACAGAAAAAAAAUAUCUGAAUUGUUGUUUUGGCUUGGAUGUGUGCAGAAGUGCAAUCUGCAUAGAUAUUAUUUGAAGCAAUGAUAAAGGAAUUUGUAGUAGUUCCUUAAGGAUGAUAUUUAGCCUACGGAAAUAUGUGACAAUUUCCUCAAUUUGACUCCUUUGCUGCUUAAAAAGCAACACUUGUCACUAGCCUCACAAGACCUACAGCACAAUGUAUCAAAAAUAUUAUAAAACCAUGUCCGGAUGAACUUUACAAGAUUUAUUGACAAUGAAUGGAAUUGAGUCAAUUGCAUAUUUAUCUGCACUUUGAUUGGAGGCACCUGAUUUCAUCUGUUUGUACAAUACUUUACAGCUUUUGUUUAUCUACUCCUUCUUGAUUAGGUUCAACAAAACAUGUUAGUGGAUUUCAAUGCCAUUUCCAUUAAGAAAGACAAACUUUUACUUAAUGGCUAUCUAGACCAGUCAAUGCUACGUGUUAUUACAAACUGGUUAGACUUGACUUAUAUGUAAAAUUAAUACAUGUUAUUUAGUGAACAAAACAGUUUGUUAUAUUGCAUAACUAGUAAGAUUCAUGAGUUUUCAUUUGACUCGAGAUCUUUGACCAAAUAGUUUUACAGGAACUUACAUGCAUCUUUUAACAAAUGUCUAGUAAGUGAACUGCAAAUUUAUUUCGUUGACAUAUUGUUGAAGGAUUAGAUUGACAUCAUCAGGUCCUGGUUUCCCCUAUCUAGUCUGCAACACAUAUUGACAAAAUUUACAAUUCUCUUAAAGUGUUGUUGUCAAUCUAGUGGUAUUAAAUUUUUUUUGCUGACAACAAUGCAUACCAUCAUUUAUCCACAAAUGAUUCUCUACCAAUACGAAAUUUAAAAGCAUUGGUUCUUACAGUGUUUUUGGUUUGAAAUUUCAUGAUAUAUUUAUGACCGAAUAAAUGAAAUUCAAUUUUAUGGCAUACCGUGUUCACCAGAUAACAUUCUUUUUCAGUAUCAAUCAAAUUGCAACUUUCAUUUUAUUGUAUAGAUACAGAACAUAAAUAAAGAACUGCUGAACCAACGCCUCUUAAAUUUCGUAUUGGUAGAGAUCCUUUCAGUUGAUAAUGAUGGUUUGCUGGGUUGUCAAGAGAAAGUAAUAUAAUGCCACUAGAUUGACAACAACACUUAAGUGAAAUGAAAAUUUAUUUUGUGACAUGCUUUGCCAACUAGAUUGGCCACACCAGGACCUGAUGACACGUCUAAUUGGCAAAACAUGUUGAUGAAAUAAAUUUGCAGUUCACUUCAGUCACUGUAGUGGUAUAAACAAAACAUGAAAAUAUAACAUUAUAGGAAGCUUGUUGAAAUAAACUGUUGAAACAGA